AAAAAAGUGGGGCGUCUUUUAAUGUGAAAUCCGCUAGAACGGAAACGGGAUUUGGGUUCUGCAGCUUGUCCUGGCUCAUCCGACCUGGAUUCAGCCAUAUUCCUACUGAUCAACUACACCGGCAGCAGCUUAGAACUCCCGAAAAUUCGCCUGUAAUCCAUCAGGGUUCUGGCUGUCGGAGUUUACAGACACUGAGAAACCACCGGAUCCGGUUUCGAAGCCUCGGGCUCAUUUCCCGGGAUGGUACACCGAGCGGCUAACAUGGAAGAGUGACGGCAGCUCUGAGAAUUCGACGCUGAUUUCUGGAAGGAAAGUCUAGUUUUAUCGGAUUAAAGCCGAUGCGGAGGCGCUACACGCGCAGGCCCACUGCCUGUUUGGCUGACGGAGAUUUGCGGCUCGGCUAACCGGCGGACACGCAGUGAGGCGGCGGCGACCCGGAGCAAAAUGUCGGGAAUGCUUUUCCACAGCUAACGAGCUAGCUGCUGCUAGCAGCUUCGACAGGAAGCGGCGCCUCAGGGCAACGGACACGGCGGCGGCGGCGGCGGCUGGCACUUUGGGCGGACAGCGGCGGUAGUCCUCCGCCAGGCAGGAUGUCGGCCAAGGAGCGCCUGGCGCGGCUGGAGGAGUUGCUGCUGGAGCGGAGGGCGACGGGCUGCCUGAGUGUGGAGGCGCUGCUGGAUCUGCUCGUCUGCCUCUACACCGAAUGCUCCAGCUGCCCGUUAAAGAGGGAGAAGCACGUCACCGACUUCCUGCAGUGGGUGAAACCCUUCACCACGGCCGUGAAGGACAUGAGGCUGCACAGGGACGACUUUGAGAUGCUGAAGGUGAUUGGUCGAGGAGCUUUUGGAGAGGUUGCUGUGGUGAAAAUGAAGAACACAGAGAGGGUGUACGCCAUGAAGAUCCUCAACAAGUGGGAAAUGCUGAAGAGAGCUGAGACGGCGUGUUUCCGUGAAGAGCGAGACGUUUUGGUGAAGGGAGACAGCCAGUGGAUCACCAGGCUGCAUUAUGCCUUCCAGGAUGACAACUUCCUGUACCUGGUCAUGGACUACUAUGUGGGGGGCGACCUUCUGACGCUGCUCAGUAAGUUUGAGGAUCGUCUUCCUGAAGACAUGGCUAGGUUCUACGUAGCGGAGAUGGUCCUCGCCGUUCACUCCAUUCAUCAGCAGCACUACGUUCACAGAGACAUUAAACCAGACAACAUCCUGCUCGAUGUGAACGGUCACAUUCGGCUGGCAGACUUCGGGUCGUGUCUGCACAUGAUGGAGGACGGCAUGGUGCAAUCCUCGGUGGCAGUGGGCACCCCGGAUUACAUCUCACCAGAGAUCCUGCAGGCGAUGGAGGACGGAAUGGGUCGUUACGGGCCUGAGUGCGACUGGUGGUCCCUGGGAGUCUGCAUGUACGAGAUGCUUUUUGGAGAGACGCCUUUCUAUGCAGAGUCGCUGGUGGAAACUUACGGCAAGAUCAUGAACCACGAGGAGCGUUUCCAGUUUCCUUCUCAUGUGACUGACGUGUCGGAGGACGCCAGGGAUCUGAUCCAGAGGCUUAUCUGCUCCAGGGAGCGUCGCCUCGGACUGAAUGGGAUCUCAGACUUCAAGAGCCACUCAUUCUUCAAAGGGAUUGACUGGGACAACAUCCGCUCCAUGGAGGCGCCCUACAUCCCUGACGUGUCUUCACCUACAGACACCUCCAACUUUGAUGUGGAUGAUGACGUUCUGAAGAACCCGGACAUUGGACCUCCGGUGUCUCACUCCGGCUUCAGCGGCCAGCAUCUCCCCUUCGUUGGCUUCACCUUCACCACUGACAGCUGCUUCUCUGACCGCUGCUCCAUCAGCAAGGCGGCACUGGGAGUCCUGCAGAAGGAGGGGGAGGUUAAAGGGCGGGACGUGGAAGCCUUCGAAAGGAGGAUCCGAUGCCUGGAGCAGGAAAAACAGGACCUGAACCGGCAGUUGCAGGAGUCCACUCUCGCUCUGCAGGCUCCGUCUCGAGGAGGAACACUGUCUCGAGACAAAGAAAUCAAGAAGCUAAAUGAGGAGAUCGAUCGCCUCAAGAAGAAGCUGGCAGACUCUGAUAGGUUGGAGCACCAGCUGGAGGAGGCAGUUACGCUCAGACAGGACUACGAGAGCUCAGCCUCCAAACUGAAGGCUUUGGAAAGGCAGGUGAAGGCCCUGAGACAGGAGAAGGAGGAUGUCCACAAGCAGCUGAGUGACUCUCUGGAGCGGAUGAGGAGUCUGACGAAGGAGCUGAAGGAUGCACACUCCCAAAGGAAGCUGGCCCUGCAGGAGUACUCGGAGCUGUCUGAGAGGAUGGCUGAACUGCGCUCAUCCAAACAGAAACUGUCCCGCCAGCUCCGGGACAAAGAGGAGGAGGCAGAUGUGCUCCUGCAGAAGAUGGAUGCCAUGAGGCUGGAGAUGCGCAAGAUGGACAAGAACCGCAAGGAGUUGGAGGCACAGCUGGAUGAGGCAAAGGCAGAGGCGUCGAAGGAGAGGAAGCUCCGGGAGAACAGUGAGGUUUACUCCAAGCAGCUGGAGACAGAGCUGCAGGGGCUGAAGUCCCAGCAGGGCCAGGGCUCUGCUGCAGCCGGAGCAGAGUCCCAGCAGGAACUGUCGCGCCUGAAGGCAGAGCUCGACAAAAAGGUCCUGUUCUACGAGCAGGAGUUGCUGCAGAGAGACCUGUCCCACUCCACAGAGAUGAAAAACAUGCGCAAAGAUCUGCAGGAGUCCGAGGGAGCACAACUAGCUGCCAAUAAGGAGCUGCUCCAGCUCCGAGAAAAGUUGGACAAAGCCAAGAAGGAGAGGCAAAUAGAGAUGGAUGAUGCUGUUGCUGCUCUGAAGGAAAAGUAUGAGCGCGAGAAGAGCCUGCUGACAGAGGAGAACCGUAAACUUAGUGCAGAGACAGAUAAGUUGUGCUCCUUCGUUGAUGACUUGACUGCUCAGAACCGACAGCUGGAAGACGACCUGCAGGACCUGUCCUCCAAGAAGGAGAGCGUGGCUCACUGGGAGGCUCAGAUCGCAGAGAUCAUCCAGUGGGUCAGUGAUGAGAAGGAUGCUCGAGGUUACCUGCAAGCUCUGGCCACCAAGAUGACAGAGGAGCUGGAAACGCUGCGCAGCUCCAGUCUGGGAUCCAGACCUCUGGACCCGCUGUGGAAGGUGAGGCGCAGCCAGAAGCUGGACAUGUCCGCUCGUCUGGAGCUACAGUCUGCUCUGGAAGCUGAGAUCCGAGCCAAACAACUGCUGCAGGAGGAGCUCCGCAAAGUCAAAGCUGCCAACAUCAACCUGGAGAGUAAGCUGAGAGAGUCUGAGGACAGGAGCAGGGAAGCCGUGGAGCAGAUGGAGAAUCUGAAGAAGGAGGUGGAGGAGAGUCGCUCUCACCCCGAAAAAAGUCUGAAGCUUCAGGACUUCCAGGACUCCAUCUUUGAGUACUUCAACACAUCUCCUCUGGCUCCAGAUCUCACCUUCAGAACCUCGGACAUCGACCCUAUGCCUCUGAAAGCCGACGCCACGCCCUCCUCCUCCCCCUCGGAACUGGAGCAGGAAGGACGUGCAGCUUUAGGACCCAUCAGCCCCUCCCCCAGCUUCUAUAGCUCUACAAUUACUGCACCAAACCCCAAAGCUCACCAACUGAGCAUCAAGACCUUCUCCAGCCCCACCCAGUGCACACACUGCAGCUCCCUGAUGGUGGGCCUCAUUCGACAGGGGUACGCCUGCGAAGUGUGUUCCUUCAUCUGCCACGUGUCCUGCAAAGACCACGCCCCCCUGAUCUGUCCCAUCCCAGCAGAGCAGGCCAAGAGGCCGCAGGGCAUUGACGUGCAGCGGGGCAUCGGCACGGCCUACAGGGGCUACGUGAGGAUCCCAAAGCCAAGCGGCGUGAAGAAAGGCUGGCAGCGAGCCUUCGCCAUCGUCUCUGAUUGCAAACUAUUUCUCUACGAUGUCCCAGAGGGGAAGUCCACCCAGGCGGGGGUAGUGGCCAGUCUUGUUCUGGACCUCAGGGACGAGGAUCUGUCUGUGAGUUCAGUGAUGGCCUCUGAUGUGAUCCACGCCACCAGGAAGGACAUCCCCUGCAUCUUUAAGGUUGCCUCCUCGCAGCUGAUGUCACAGCUGUCGUCAGUGUCCCUCCUGGUUUUGGCGGAGAGCGAGGCAGAGAAGAAGAAGUGGGUUCGGAUGCUGGAGAGCCUGCAGAGCAUCCUGAGCAAAAACCAGCUGAAGAGCCAGCAGGUCCAUCGGCUGCUUGAAGCCUACGACGCCUCGCUGCCGCUCAUCAAGACCACGCUGUCAGCUGCCGUGCUGGACCGAGAGAGAAUCGCUCUGGGAACAGAAGAUGGGCUCUUUGUAGUGGAGCUCACCAGAGACGUGAUCGUCAGGGCCGCUGACUGUAAAAAAGUUCAUCAAGUUGACCUGGUCCCAAAGGAGAAGAUUAUCGCUGUCCUGUGUGGGCGGAACCGCCACGUGCACCUUCAUCCCUGGGGGGUUUUGGAGGGGGCUGAAUCUUUUUUUGACAUCAAACUGGCUGAAACCAAAGGCUGCCAGGCUCUGUGCACUGGUGUGUUGCGGCAGGGGGGCCCCGCCUACCUUCUGGCUGCUGUUAAACGUCAGGUUCAGUGCUAUGAGAUCACGCGAGCAAAGCCGCACUACAAGAAGCAUUGGGAGGUGCAGGCUCCAGGCACGGUGCAGUGGCUGGGGAUGGUCCGGGACCGGCUGUGCGUCGGCUACCCCUCCGGCUUUGCUCUUUUAACCCUGCAGGGGGAGUCGUCCCCCAUCAGCCUGGUAAGCCCCGCUGACCCCACCCUGGCUUUUCUGGCGCAGCAGCCGCUGGACGCCCUGCACGCCCUGGAGGUCGGCUCCAGCGAGGUGCUGCUCUGCUUUAGCCAGCUUGGCAUUUACGUGGAUGGACAGGGGCGCCGCUCACGGGCCCAGGAGCUGAUGUGGCCCGCUACACCGCUGGCCUGCUGCUCAAACUCCUCCCACCUCACGGUCUAUAGUGAGUACGGCGUGGACGUGUUUGAUGUGACGACCAUGGAGUGGGUGCAGACCAUCUCUCUUUGCAAGAUCAAACCCCUCAACGUGGAGGGGACGCUGAACCUGCUGAGCUCUGAAGCCCCCCGCCUGAUUUACUUCAGCAACGCCUCCUCAGCGGGUGACCUGACCAUCCCAGAGACCACGGAGCACAGCCGGAAAGCGAUGGUUCGAACCCGCAGCAAAAGGAAGUUUCUCUUCAAGGUUCCUGAAGAGGAGCGGCUGCAGCAGAGGAGGGAGAUGCUGAAGGAUCCAGAGUUGCGGUCCCGGAUGAUUUCUAACCCCACUAACUUCAACCACGUGGCCCACAUGGGACCAGGAGACGGCAUGCAGGUCUUGAUGGACCUCCCCCUGGUUGGUGACCUCAGCUCCCUCUCACCCUCCCUGUCUCCCUCCCCCUCCUCUUCCUCCUCCCGUCACACCCUCAUCUCUCCCCCCUCCAACUUUGAGCACGUCUAUCACAUGACGUUGGCAUCGGCCGGCGCCUUCUUGCAGAAGGAGGCCUCCUCCUCUUCCUUCUCCUCUCAGCAGAGCCUCCUGCAGCCUUCCUCCUCCUCCUCCUCAUCUCCUUCCAUCUCCUCUCUGGGAAGGAGUGUGAUGCCCUCGUCUCAGGAUGAGCCCAGUAAAGAUAAGCCACGCCCACUAUCCAGUAUCUCCCGACAACACCGGAGCAAGUCUAACGUCUCGCGCACAGCUUCAGAUUUUGGAGGAGGAGUUCCAACCCGCAGCGCCGGUGAACUAGACCAGGACCUGGAGCGAGAGCCGGACUCGGACUCUACCAAACACUCGACCCCCUCCAACAGCUCCAACCCCAGCACCCCCCCUAGCCCAAAUUCCCCCCACCGCAGCCGGCUCACGCUUGACGGUCUGGACUCUGAGCCGUGAGGCUCGCGCCCCCUACUGCACACAGCGGUGGCUCCGCCCAUCACCUGAGCCAAUCAGUCUGCAGACUGAAUGUGGCUUUUACUUCCUAGAUUUUAUUGCGGUGGGGAAAAGGGGCUGCUUUUAUCUCCUCUUGCACCCUUGCCCCCACCCUGCCUCGUGGUUGAAGCCCAAGCUGAAGCUACGCUCCCCUGCCGUGGAUCUGCCCCCACCGUGACCGUGAACCUCAUGGCGUGGGCUGUGGGAAUGCUUCUCAUGCUUUGCUCUAAUGUCAGGCGUGUUGUGCUGAGCUGUGGCAAAGCCGACAGGCAGGAGGAGGAAAACAAACACUGUAUCAGUUUGAAACCUUUGUUAAUGUUGCACAUCGUCCUUGCUGUUGGAAAAAAAGAACCUUUCAUAUUGGCAGUGAUGAAUUUUCCCUUGGCUACGCUGUAGCCUGACCCCCCCCCCCCCCCCUCUGCUCUGGCAGCACCAGGUGACAAGCUGGGGGUCGGGUGAAAACUACUGCUUCUGUUUCUUACAAAAUUAAAAAGAUAUUUGUAACUUUAAACUGUUAGCAGCCGAAAGCCAAUAAACUAACCUGAAAUGGGUGCAGCGUCAGUCCUUUAGACUGUUUGAUCUCACAGAAGGUUCAGACUGCAGGUCCAGAAUGUGGUGAACGGAUUUCAGCGGUAAACAGAGGGGACUUGAGGAGGAAGUUCUCUGAACACCAAGAUUCUACGGUUUACCUGUAGAGGAAAAUAGCUGCUUGUUUCAUCUCUUUGAAGUCCCACUGGGAUCAAUCUUUGACUUAUGAUUAUGCCGUUUGGAGAUGAGAUUAAAAACUGUUCUUUUCUAGACAUAGUUUCUGCCGAGCGGCAGGAGUUCAUUCGAAAUUCACCUCUGAGUUGUUGGCAGGACUGUUGCUGCAGAGUAAGCCUGCCCCCAUUUCCCAUCAUUUCUUUGUUCACACUCUCUCCCACUAGCUUACAGCCCCUCACACCCCCAAUCUAACGUUAGCGCUGCAACAAAAAUGAGAGCAAUAUCGUAUCUAUCCAGCUGUACAGUUCUGAUCCAGAUUCCAGCUCAGACCAGGAAAACAAAAACGUUGGUGGAUCUGUGUCUGCAGGUGGAUGGUCAGAAAGGGGCGGAGCUGGGAGACUCUGGCCCGCCGACUGGAUCACCUGUCACAGCUACAAGCUUUUUCCAACAGCAUUUUUUGUCUGCUCCUAAUUCACAAUGAUUUGAAUAAAAAAUACUUAAACACAA